AUGGACCAUGCUGUCAUUAUCGCCCAAAUGAAAGUUAUCGAUGACCUCAAGCCUAAAGACUCUGACGUUCAGAUGAUCGACUCCUCUCCCGAGGUUGAUCAACCGCUUCAGAGGGGACGCUUUGGCAAGCGUCAUCCUAAGAAGAAGCCUGCCAGAUCAUCCACCCAAGGUGAGGGGUCGAGAAAGAAGUCCACUACACAGGUUGUCCAAGGUAUGCUGGGAAAGGGACAGAUGCACAUGUUCACUAGGAUGGGACGGACACAUUCCUACGUUGAUCCAGUCCAUGUAGAAUGCAAUAACUUGCUUAAGGGUGUGGCGGAUGACUAG